UGUUAGAUUUUUAUUUAGUUUUGUAUUUUCUUUUAACCUGCUGCUGUUAUCUCUGGGGACAUUUUGGACAGUUUAGAGUUGGAUUUGUCAUUACUUGUGGAUUAACAAUUUUUUAAAAAUAUAUUCCAUCGAGUAGUUUGUAGCAUCAGCAACAGGUACAAUUUUAAUCCAUCUCAGCGAUAUGAAGAGUACCAGCCUGAAUGGAAACUCCUCGUCGUCUGACAGCUCAGUCAACACAGAGCUCCUGUCUGGGACUGGUUACACAAUACUGGCCAUAAUCAUGGGUGUGUUCUCUGUAGCGGGGAUCAUCCUCAACGUCCUGGUCAUCGCGGUGACGGUGAGACACAGAAAACUAAGGCAGCCACUCAGCUAUGCCCUGGUUAACCUCGCCAUAUGUGACCUGGGCUGCGCUCUGUUUGGAGGCCUGCCCACCACAGUCACCAAUGCAAUGGGAUACUUCAGCCUGGGACGUGUGGGCUGUGUGUUGGAGGGCUUUGCUGUUGCCUUUUUUGGUAUAACAAGCCUGUGUACAAUAGGAGUCAUUUCUGUUGAGCGCUAUGUAGUGGUGUGUUAUCCGAUGGGUGCUGUCCUGUUCCAGACCAGGCAUGCAGUUGCUGGAGUGGUUCUAGCCUGGGUCUGGUCAUUUGUGUGGAACACUCCGCCUCUGUUCGGUUGGGGAAGUUAUGAGUUAGAGGGCGUCAGAACUUCCUGCGCUCCAAACUGGUACAGCCGAGAUGUCGGGAGCAUGUCCUACAUUGUCAUAUACUUCAUCCUUUGUUUUGUCUUGCCCUUCUCCAUCAUCAUGGUGUCCUACUCACGACUGUUAUGGACCCUCCACCAGGUGAGCAACGAAGAAGCUGGACUUGUAAAUGUAUUGACUCUAAUGAUACAAUAACGAUGUAUUUUUGCUUUUUUUUUGUAUUUUGCUAUUUUGUAGGUGACCAAGCUGCAGGUAUCUGAGGCUGGAAGCACAAAUCGUGUGGAGGUGCAAGUGGCCCGCAUGGUGGUGGUGAUGGUGUUGGCCUUCCUAGUCACCUGGCUGCCAUAUGCCGCAAUGGCCCUUACUGUCAUCAUUGACUCCAGUGUACACGUUGACCCUGUCGUCGCUACUAUACCUGUUUACUUCGCUAAAAGCAGCACCGUCUACAACCCCAUCAUAUAUAUUUUCAUGAACAGACAGUUUCGAGGCUACGCUAUUCCUGCUGUUCUGUGUGGAUGGAAUCCGUGGGCCACAGACCCUCAAAUAUCUGAGGCUGAGACGUCUGUUGCCUCUGUCAGCAAGAGCCAAAGAGGCUCACGUCAAGAAUCUUUAAAAGAAUAAAUAUAAAUUUAAAAAACGCUGUGUAUAUACUACCAUUCAAAAGUUUGAGAUCUGUUAGAAAUGUCCAUUGUACACUGUGUUAGCUAGUCGUGUUGAAAGGCUAAUUGAUGAUUAGAAAACCUUUGUGCAAUUAUGUUAACACAUGAAUAAAAGUGUGAGUUUUCAUGGAAAACAUGAGGGUCAAUAUAUAAUUGAAGGACUUUUGGGUCCAUGGGACAUCUCUUGCAUACAUUAUUUAAUAAAGUUAAAAAAAACUUUUUUAUGUUCAUUAUGAUCAUGUCUUCACAAAUUCCAUAAUUAUUUAUUAUGGAAUCAAUCAUUUAUUAAUUUAAAAAAUGACUGGAUAUCACUAAAUCAUGACAGAUGUUUCUUUUUUGGCAAUAUAUCAAAUUUUAUAUGGAAAAUAUCAAAUUGUAUCUGUGUCCGAGUUCCCCAUUACAAAAACACCUCUCAGGUCAGUGUGUUAAUUCCAGAUCACAUGACCUGCUCCACAUGAUGUCAUUUCCUCCUGAAGAAAACACUGGCAAGACUCCAAGGCUUUCUUAGUUACUAAAUAUAAAGUAGAGAGUGAGUCAAGUGUGGAUUUAUCGCAUGUCAGCAGGUUUACUGCAAUAUCUUUAUAAAUAACCUUCAAUUUAAAUUUUAUGCAAUUGUAUAUAUAAUAUUUCAGAAGAAUCUUUCUGUAAAAAUGCCAUGUGGUGUUUGGUUAUAGAUGGCCAUAUUGAUUUUAGGCCUGAAAACAGCAAAAAUGACAACUAUGAUACCUGUCAACUAUGUUGCGAAAAAUCCCACAAUUAUAUAUUGACCCUGGGUGACCCCAAACUUUUGAACGGUAGUGUAUUUAUACCCUUGAUCUCAUUCCUGAAGCAGCCCCAGAUUAUCUAUUUUACCUUGGAAUAUUAGCCAGUCUCUGCAAUGGAUUGUAAGGAGAGCAUAUGUUCACAAACCAAACAAAAUAUCUGUCAGAGAUGGAUAUGAUCUGAGACUUUUUGCAUCCUGAGCAGUCAUCUAGCACAGCUGUUGAAAGCAUCUGUAAAAAGUAGGACAGAAGCUAUUAUCACGAGUCUCCUCAUGGGCUGAAACUGUGUCUUUUUCUGCUGUCAAAACUUUUCAUAUAUUCUGACAGAAACACAACUCGUUUCUCUUGUACUGUAUCACUGAUAUAUAUUGUUUUUGAUCUAAUAAGUCGUGUCAAAUUUGCAAGGUGUCAAUAUUUCAAAUUGUGCAUA